AUGGAGAAAGAAGUUGGUUCAAAUGGUAUUUCACAUGACCAUGCUGGGGGAUUAGUCAACGAACCCGAAGAAAUACAAGUUGAACCCAAACAAGGGGGGCACAGAAGAACACUAUCUGGAAACAUCAUGUCUAAACUAUCAUUUUUAUCAGGACCACACAGUCCAGAGUCUCCGCCUCGGGACGAACCAAUGUCACCAAAGAGAUCGACUAGUAGAGCUAUGGCUGUUGCAGUCCAACAGCAGAAGACCAGAAGAAGAAAGGGCUCAUUGAGAAAGGUUGCACUUCUUGGUCGAGGAGCUCAAAGAGAAAGGAAAGAGUCCAAAGCCAUUCCUUUUGAUUCCACGCAACACAGUCAAUAUUCCAAUAAUACAAUACUAAAUCCCGCUUCACCCGAGAGUAUUCGACCUGUGAAUGGUCUUGGAUUAGGCAUAUCUGACGAAACUCCUCGUCCUUCCAUGGAUGGCUUAGCCAACAGAAAUAAUAACACUUUACUGCCACCUAUCAAAACUCUUCCCAUGGGUGCUAAUGACCAUAUCGUCACAUCACCAACGACAGCCACGAGUCCAACUCUAACCUAUACAUCUACUACGGAUGAAGAGGACUUACUCAGUAUUCCAUCACAUAAUCUACCAGCUGCAGCUCGUGGCGGGCCACUGUCAUCUGGUUCAGAUUCAUACUUUCCACCUGGUGCAGGCUCUACAAUUCGUCGUCGGCCAUCUCAAAAACAAAAAUCUCCACUGUCUAUAGGUGGACUCGCCGCAAGUCCACUUCCUUUACCAGAUGCCGAAUGGGAUUACUCGGAAACUGAAUGGUGGGGUUGGGUUAUACUAAUUGUAACCUGGAUUGUGUUUGUUACUGGUAUGGGUUCAUGUCUAGGGGUAUGGAGUUGGGCUUGGGAUGUUGGAGAAACUCCUUAUGCUCCUCCUGAGUUGGAGGAUGAUCCAACGUUACCGAUUGUAGGAUAUUAUCCUGCACUGAUUAUUUUGACGUCAGUAAUGGCUUGGGUCUGGGUAGUUGUUGCUUGGGUUGGUAUGAAAUACUUUCGGCAUGCGAAAAUUAGUGGAGAUUGA